CGAUUUUGGUGAGAAUGAUGUCAAGUCAUUUACAGGAACUUUUAUUUAACUUCUUAUCAAAAUAGUCCUUAUAUAAACUGAUCACAACUUGUUCUGUUAUCAAACCAUCAACAUGAAAGUUACAAUUCUGUGUUUCGUUGUUCUAAUUGCUGCAGUAUAUGCAGAGAACUGCCAAAUGGCUAGUGACUGCACAAUGGAAACUUGCAGCUCUGGAGGCAUGGUAGAGUGCCAACAUGGAGUUUGUACAUGUGGAGGCGGUGGAGGCGGACCAGGAGGUUGCAUGGACCAAGCUGAUUGCCAUGGUCAUCAUUGUCCACAUGGUCAUGGUAUGCCACACUGCAUUGAUGGUCAUUGUGAUUGCAAACAUUAGAAUAUUAAAAAAAUAUACAAUCGUAA